AUGGAUUCUGACAUAAUGAACAUGAUAAUGAUGCAUCAAAUGGAGAAGCUUCCUGAGUUCUGUAACCCUAAUUCCUCUUUCUUCUCUCCCGACCACAACAACAACACUUACCCUUUUCUCUUCAACUCAGCCCAUAACCACUCUGAUCACUCAACGACCAACGAACCAGGUUUCCGGUACGGUUCCGGUUUAGUCACUAACCCUUCUUCUCUCGCUCCCGCCAACACAGCCUACUCUUCCGUUUUGCACGACAAAAGAAACAACAACAAUAACACGAACAUGGCGGCGAUGCGAGAGAUGAUCUUUCGAAUCGCCGUGAUGCAACCAAUACAUAUCGAUCCCGAGGCGGUGAAGCCACCGAAGAGGAGGAACGUCAGGAUCUCUAAAGAUCCACAGAGCGUGGCUGCUCGUCAUCGAAGAGAGAGGAUAAGCGAGAGGAUUCGGAUUUUGCAACGGCUUGUUCCUGGUGGCACCAAAAUGGAUACAGCUUCGAUGCUCGACGAAGCUAUUCAUUAUGUGAAGUUUUUAAAGAAACAGGUGCAGUCUCUGGAGGAGCAGGCCGUGGUUAACGGCGGAGGAGGAGGUAAGAUUUUGAUCGGCGGCGGUGGAAUGACGGCAAUGGCAAGUGGUGGCGGCGGCGGUGGAGUGGUUAUGAAAGGGUGUGGAGCAAUGGGGACUCGUGGGAUGGUGGGCAAUGCACAGAUUCUUAGAUGA